AUGCCCAGGUCGACAUGCACGUACUCUCAAGUGCGUGCCGACGAAGGUUGCUUUGACCUAGCAGAGCGGUGCGAAAUAUCCCAGUCAGACCUCGCAGAGUAUAACGGCGGUGAGAGUUUUUGCGACAAUCUCAUGCUUGAUCAGUACGUAUGCUGCUCAGCUGGAACAUUGCCAGACCUCACUCCGCAACCCAACACAGACGGCUCCUGUCAGACUUAUGAAGUCAAAGAUGGCGACAACUGUGCAGCUAUCGCGGAAUCCAACAAGAUGUCUAUCAACCAGCUGGAAGAUCGUAAUAAGGAUACGUGGGGCUUUGGAGGAUGUGAAAACAUCUAUGCCACUCAGAAACUAUGUAUCAGUACAGGAACUCAGCCCAUGCCAGCCACCAUUCCAAACGCUGUUUGCGGUCCUCAAGCCAACGGUACAGAGAUGCCAAGCGACAUGUCAAACCUGAGCAAUCUGAACCCAUGCCCCUUGAACGCAUGCUGCAACAAAUGGGGCCAGUGUGGAAUUACAUCUGAGUUCUGCACGGUAAGCCGAUCUCAGACCGGAGCACCAGGGACUUCCGAGCCUGGAACCAAUGGAUGCAUUUCCAACUGCGGAACGGAAAUCGUCAACCAGGGGACCAUGCCAACAGAUUUCAUUCGACUUGGAUACUACGAGUCGUUUAGCCUAAGUCGUCCGUGUUUGGCGAUGCGACCCUCGCAGAUUCCAAAAGGAUAUUAUACGCAUUUGCACUAUGCAUUUGGAAAUGUAACAACCGGGUACGCUGUCGAUCUGACCGGUAGUUUGGAUUUGUUUGAAGAGUUCAGAGCUCUCCAAGGUGUAAAGAGAAUUAUGUCCUUCGGUGGGUGGGCAUUCUCGACCGAGCCAGCCACUGCUCCGAUCUUUCGUGAAGGUGUUUCAAACUCGCAAAGGCAAAUCCUGGCUGAUAAUAUAGCCGCUUUCAUCAUUGAGAAUGACCUGGAUGGUGUCGAUUUUGAUUGGGAGUACCCUGGAGCCCCUGAUAUCAUACCACCUGCUGGUAAAAAUGAUGGAGCCAAUUACCUAGCAUUUAUAAUGCUCGUACGUGCAGCAUUACCAAACGAGAAGACAAUCUCAAUUGCGGCGCCUGCUUCGUACUGGUAUCUGAAACAGUUUCCAAUCAAAGAGUUGGCUGAGGUGCUCGAUUACAUCGUGUACAUGACAUAUGACAUCCAUGGGCAAUGGGACUAUGAUAAUAAGUUCGCCAAUCCAGGCUGCGCUAAUGGAAAUUGCUUGAGGUCGCAUGUGAACUUGACAGAGAUCAAUUUAGCGCUCUCUAUGAUCACAAAGGCCGGUGUUCCAACAAACAAACUUCUGCUAGGCAUGGCUCUUUACGGCAGAAGCUUCAAGAUGAGCGACUCUACGUGCUACACCGAGUUAUGCACCUUCACAGGUCCGGAAUCAGAUGCUACACCAGGCAUGUGCACCGGCACCAAGGGUUACAUUUCUAAUUGGGAAAUUCGGAGAAUCCUUGGCGAUCCUAGCAUCCAGAAGCAAGAAUAUCAAACUGAGGAGGCAGGCGAUAUUUUGGUGUACAACUCAGAUCAGUGGAUAUCCUGGAUGAACCCAGAGACAUAUGAUAAGCGCGCUGCGUUUGCGCGCAGUAUCAAUAUGGCCGGUCUCUCGGAUUGGGCUUUGGACUUGAACAGCUCUGCGACAGGAUCUGGUGCUGCCAUCUUCGACCAUCAUUACGCCUCCAGCUGUGACCAGGACACUAAGCGAACUAUACCCUUCCAUUACAACUGCAAGCGAUGGCAUCACCAGCACUGUAUUUCUCACAGUAACUGGCACCACAACGAUAUCGAUCGCGGCGGUAACUAG